CACCAUGAUCAGUUGUGUCAUGUUAACAACGUCACAUGGCAACCACUCUCAGCGUCCUUAGCAACGGAGAUACAGAACUGUGUAUGUGAUACACUGAUUCUGAGUGAUUCCUGCACACCCCAUGGCCAUCGUUAACCCACUCUCCACUCCCAAAGGGGUGACGCUGUCGUGUGAGCUGUGCCACAGCCCUGCCUAUAUCCAGUGCAAUGGCUGCAAGGUUACUUACUACUGUGACAAAGACCACCAGCGUGCUGACUGGGACAGUAUUCAUGAAAAGAUUUGCCAGCUACUGAUUCCGGUGCGUGCGCCUGUUCCUUUUUUAAACUCUGCAGAAGAGAGAACACAUUCCAUGGAGCAGUUAUUGCUGAGAAAGAAACACAUAAUUGAAUUGACCACAAAAGAAGCUCAAAGACUUGUCUACGAAGGGCGCCAUAUAGACGUGAUCCCAGCAGCUACACAUGCCCUAUCUUUUAGUAUUGACGUGCACGGGCUAACAUCUGUGGAGUUAGUGCUAGUAUACCUCAUCCUAGCUGAAGCUAACAUUGGUCUUGGGAAUCUGACACAGGCAGAAGAAUAUCUGUCCCAUGCUUCUUGGACUGUGCUGAAAACUGCAGAGUGCAGCAAUAUCAUCCGUUCUAAGCUGCAUCAUAACCUGGGGUUGCUCUAUUCUGCCAAAGGACAAUUUGAAGAUUCGCUUUACCAUCUGUCUAACAAUGUUUACUAUGCAAGUACUGUAUCAGGACCAAACGAUAUUAGUACUUCUGGAGGAUUUUUCCAAAUGGCUAAUAUUUUUUUCCGGCAGAAUAAAAUGGUGAUUGCAGACUCUCUUUAUACUGAGGUCACAGAUAUAUGGCACUCUCACCUCAGCAAACUGGUGGAUGAUCAGAUACAAGCUUCAAUCAGAAGUGAUUCUGUUUGGUUUAUUGAUGCUGAUCAUGAAAGUUUAGAUGAAAACCAGGAAGCUGAAGCACUCCAGAUCCUCAGUGCUAUACUGGAUAUCAGAGCACAGGCUGCAAAAAAAGAGCCAGCAAAGAUGGCAGAUAUACUACAUGGACUAACUAUGCUGUUCUUUCUUCAGGGAGACUUCCAUAAGGCACAUGAAUGGGGCAAGAGACUCCUUCAAAUUAUUCAACAACUGCCGAAGUAUGAUAAAUCAGACAGCAUUGCAGCCCUAAUACAGAGCAUUGAAAGGAAAUUAUCUACAAAACAAGUUACCUCCUCCUGAUAUAUUGUACUUACACCAUUAUUGUUUGGUCAUACAGUUGUCUGUAUGUCAAGAAGUCAGGAGUACUGUUUCAUAGAUGAUGGAGUUUGAAGGCAAAUUGUAUUUCAUCCUUAUAACUGACACAUAGGGGUAAAUGUAUAAGGGUGCGAGUUGCCGAGGGGUGCUGGACUUCGGUCGAGAAUGCCCGUAUUUUUAAAGUGACAAUCACUUACCAGGCAAAACCAGGUUGGUAAAUGAUUGUCACUUUAAAAAUACGGGCAUUCCCACCCCGAUGUCCCGAAUCUCCGACAACUUACACCCUAUUACAUUUACCCCUUAGUAUGAUAUCCUAUAACUUUAUACACUUAAAACUGAUAAAGAAAGGUGUUUAAAAUAGUCAUUAGCCAUAAUUUACACUAUAUAAUUAGGACAUCAGAAGUUAUAGAGGCGUUUAGUGCAAUUUACUGUAUGUAACCCUUUUUAGAUAAUUAUAAGGCACAAAUGAAAUUCUGAUAUGUAAAGAAUAAAUUCUGUCUUUAUAAAAGGUU